AUGGAUUUUGCAACUUGUCCUUGCUCUGAAAUCUUUUCUUUUCUCUUUUUUUCCCCUCUCCCUCAAAUAGCGAAAUGUGUUUCUUUGUGUUUGAGUGGCCAGGAAAACGAAGAGAAAAGAUUGCGUGAUGGUGGUGACGUUGGAGAGAUGCCGGCAACAAUUGAUCUAUUCCUCGGAUUAUUAUGUAGAGAUGUAAAAGUGUACAAAUUCAAUAUUGAGAAGAUUUCCGGAUUCAUCGAAACAGACGGUAAAAAUAUAUAUGCGUUAUUAUCUCUAUCUAUAAUUUCUUUCUUUCAUUCUUUAUCUGUUUCUUUCUUUCUCUCUCUCUCUUUCUUUUUCUUUCUUUCUUUUUCUCUUUCCUUCUUUCUUUCUUUCUUUAUUUUUAGCUUUCCUUCGUUCUUUUUUCUUUCUUUUUCUCUUUCCUUUUUUCUUUCUUUUUCUCUUUCCUUCUUUCUUUCUUUUGCUCAUUCUUUCUUUCUUUUUCUCUUGCUUUCUUUCUUUCUUUUUCUCUUUCCUUUUACUUUCUUUCUUUUCCUUUCUUUCUUUUUCUCUUUCCUUCUUUCUUUCUUUCUUUUUCUCUUUCCUUCGUUCUUUCUUUUUCUUUCUUUUUGUCUUUCCUUUUUUCUUUCUUUUUCUCUUUCCUUCUUUCUUUUUCUUUCUUUCUUUUUCUCUUGCUUUCUUGCUUUCUUUCUUUCUUUCUUUCUUUCUUUUUUUCUUUCUUUCUUGCUUUCUUUCUUUCUUUCUUUUUCUCUUUCCUUCUUUCUUUUUUCUUUCUUUCUUUUUCUCUUGCUUUCUUGCUUUCUUUCUUUCUUUCUUUUCCUCUUUCCUUCUUUCUUUUUUCUUUCUUUCUUUUUCUCUCUCUUUCUUGUUUUCUUGCUUUCUUUCUUUUUCUCUUUCCUUCUUUAUUUAUAUAUUUUUCUCUUUUUCUUUCUUUUUCUCUUUCAUUCUUGCUUUCUUUCUUUUUCUCUUUCCUUCUUUAUUUAUUUCUUUUUCUCUUCUUUCUUUCUUUCUUUCUUUCUUUCUUUCUUUCUUUCUGUCUAUAACGGGAAUCUAUCUAUCUAUCUAUCUAUCUAUCUAUCUAUCUAUCUAUCUAUCUAUCUAUCUAUGUAUGUAUGUAUCAUCCAAGGAAAACCCAUAGAUGCAAAAGGGAAGAAUUUUGUAAACUUAUGGAGUAUUUCUAUCUAUCUAUCUAUCUAUCUAUCUAUCUAUCUAUCUAUCUAUCGUCCAACUAGAGCCCUGAACAAUUAUUUAUAUCUAUCUAUCUAUAGUCAAAGAAGAACCUUCAACUUUCAUACAAAGAUGAAGAAUUGUGCAACUGACCCAUCAUUUGUUCAUUAUCUAUCUAUCUAUCAAUCUAUCUAUCUAUCUAUCUAUCUAUCUAUGUUCAUUAUCUAUCUAUCUAAGUAUGUUCAUUAUCUAUCUAUCUAUAUAUCUAUCUAUCUAUCUAAGUAUGUUCAUUAUCUAUCUAUCUAUCUAUCUAAGUAUGUUCAUUAUCUAUCUAUCUAUCUAUCUAUCUAUGUUCAUUAUCUAUCUAUCUGUGUUCAUUAUCUAUCUAUCUAUCUAUCUAUCUAUCUAAGUAUGUUCAUUAUCUAUCUAUCUAUCUAUCUAUCUAAUAUGUUCAUUAUCUAUCUAUCUAUCUAUGUUCAUUAUCUAUCUAUCUAUCUAAGUAUGUUCAUUAUCUAUCUAUCUAUCUAUCUAUCUAUCUAUCUAUCUAUCUAUCUAUCUAAAUAUGUUCAUUAUCUAUCUAUCUAUUUUCAUUAUCUAUCUAUCUAUCUAUCUAUCUAUCUAUCUAUCUAUCUUCCAAGAAAAAACCUUGGAUUAUAA